AUGUAUUUAUGUUUUGCUUGCGGCGGCUGCAGCGGUCCUGAAGACGUGUCUUUCACUAGGAUCGGAGGACUCACAUGGGACCAGUGGUCGGCUCGCCUUGCGCUGCCUUUCGCUGGUAUGAGGGUCCCGGCGCCGUCCCUACCUCCGACUGUUGGCGAACCGAGCUUCACUUGCGCGGACUGUGGCAGAGUCUACAAACUGAAAUCAUCACUGCGAAAUCACCAGAAGUGGGAGUGUGGCAAAGAGCCCCAGUUCCAGUGCCCCUACUGCGUGUAUCGUGCUAAGCAGAAGAUGCACAUUGCUCGCCACAUGGAACGCAUGCACCGCGAGGUACACAUCAAACCCGAGCAGUACAUUAAGCAGGACAACGUGGACGCCUGCACAUAG